UGAACUAAAAAAUAACAUAAAUUGACGAAAAUCUCAGGGCCGCAACAUGGUGUUCACUCUGCAAUGUCAUCAAGGACGGGACCGGGAUUGACACUUAAUUAUCCAUUGAAACGAUAGCCGAUAGCCUGUUUCAUUGUGUCAGUUCAUCAGCUUCUGCCUGUGCUUAGUGAUGAUGGUGAUAACGAAAGUAGGAUUUGCCAGGGCAUUGCAGCGUUGUGUGACAGUGGCGAAUGCUUCGAAGUUUUUGCGUUGUCAGACCUUCAAGCUUUUCUCAACAAGGAGCAAGAUUUGUUCCUCUCCUCUAGUCAAACAGUAUUCGACAACAAUGGCUUCAACUGGAGAUCGUAUUAAAUACUGGAGCAAUCGCUGGGAUGAAGGAAGCAUUGGUUUUCACAAAGAUGAAGUUCAUCCUAUGCUGAUAAAAUAUUUUGACAAGCUUUUCCCAAGUGGCAAGACCGGGAGAGUCUUUGUGCCAUUGUGUGGGAAAACUCUGGACAUGAGAUGGCUGGCUGGCAAGGAUAUUUCUGUUGUAGGACUGGAUGCUGUCCGCAUGAGUCUAGAACAAUUCUUCUCUGACCAGAACCUACAGUACACUGAGGAGAAGGCUCCUCAACUUGCAGAGAAUGGUGCACUGUUAAAGAGUUCUGAUAACAAAAUUCACUUAUAUCUGGGAGACAUGCUGAAUUUUAGUCCAGAUGUGGAAGGCACAUUUGAAGCUGUGUGGGAUAGGGCAUCUCUUGUGGCUCUCAACAGGGAAGAUGUGAGCAAAUAUGUUUCUAUUAUCAAAAGCCUGUUGAAACCAGGAGGGCGCUGCCUGUUAGAAGUUAUGGACUAUGAUGUGAGCAUUAUGGAAGAUCUAGGGGAUCUUUCAACUCGUCCGCCACCACCACACCCGAUGUAUGAAGCUGAGUUGAAACAGCUAUACGAGCCGGAGUUUACAGUGCAGUACCUGGACAGAUGUGAGAGGCUACUGGCUGGGAAAGACAUCCAUCUACAAGUAUUUUUACUGACAAAGCAGUAAUUUACUUCGCAAUCCCUGUAUGUGAGGUCCUCCUCAUUUUGCCCUGUUGUUUGUGACCUGUUGUGAGGAUUGGAAGGACACUGUCAUUGAUGGAUCACACAACUUGUUUCAGUUAAUAAAUGUGAUAUUAUACUGCAGAUUGAUUAUUUUGGACCAUCUGGGCAUGUUAUGAUUUGUAUUCACAUAUUUUAAUCAGUAUAAAUAUGGAACCAAAGUUACUUAAGUCAUAUUGUGUCAGUUGCAUAAUUAUAUAUUUGCUGUUUUCA